AUGGACAACUUACGCAACGAAGUCAUUAUAAAAGUUAAAGAAGCAAUACGAGCGAAACUGAAAGAAAUGAAUGCAAAUAGCAGCGAUGAGAUAAUUGAUUAUAUUAUGCUGUUGGUUACUACUAAAAAAUCUAGCUCUGAGUUGGCUAAAAGUAUUGAUUUUGUGAUGGAGAGUAAUACAACUGUUUUUGUGAAAUGGUUGUCAACAAUUAUUAAAAAAUUGCAACAAGUGACUGUCAGUACAACAAAUCAGAUUGUAUCAGACAAUCUCCAAAGUCCUGAAGAAAGUAUAACAACUGAUGAAAAAAAGGAAAGUGAUAAUAUUUCAAUCUGUGAAACGAGUGAUAUAAAGUUGAACAAUACCGUUGAAGUAAAAGAAGAACUUAAUUCAAGUGUUGACAAUGGAAAUAAUAUACAGACAUCUAGUAGAGAAAAACUUCAAAAUUGUUUACCCGAGUUAAAUGUAUCAAAGUCAGAAAAGUAUGAUGAGAAUACAAUAUCUUCACCGUCAGAUAAAGUAAAACCAAAAAUAAGUUUUUCACCAACAGAAGCUAUUAAGAGUAAACAUAAUAUGCUGAUCAAUAAAAAAAGCAUUGCUAAACCUUUACAAAAAAACCAUCCUACAAUUUUUAUUAAUCCUGGUGUUGUAUCAAAACAAAGUAUUAACAAUGAUAAUGAAACAGUUGAUAGUAAAAGAAAAAGGCCUCGAAUAUCUAUAAACAGUGACAAUGAAGAUGAGAAAACUGGCACAUCUAAAGCUAAACUUCCAAUUACUUGUAAAGAAACAACUAAACAGAUUGUAAAAGAGCUACCAAAGAAAAUUAACAAAAAAACCAUGUCUCAAGUUAUAGUUGUUAAAAAUCAUUGCAAAAAUAACUUUAAUGAAACUAGAAAGAAACUAAAUAUGCAUGAUUUAAUUGCACAGCGAGUAGAUCAUCAGCGAGGUGCUUUGGCCUUGGAUACUGCUUUCAAGUACAUUCAGCAACAAAUUGGUGCAUCAGAAAAAGAAAUUGCCGUUAUAAAAAAGUGGAGGGAUUAUGCUGUAGACAUGUUACGUCCCAACAAGAAUGAAUAA